AUGUGCCUGCUCUUUCCAGUAAGUGCACUUCGUUGCUACACCUGCAACUCCAACGAUAACUCAGAAUGCUUGGCACCACCGACAACCUUUACUGAGGAGGAGUACCGGGACAAUCGGUCCGUACCGGCCCGACUGCUGGUCGAGUGUCCACUUGAUGAGCAGGGCCGUGAACCAUUCUGCAGAAAGUUCGACCUGUACGUGGACGGUGGAAACUUACCGGAUCACACGCGGAUAUUACGUGAGUGUGGUUACGAACGGGGCCACCGACCCUGCUAUUUGUUCGAAAACGGUGGCCACACAGAACACGUGUGCCAGUGCUUCACCGAUGGUUGCAACGGAGGCUCGCAGCUCACCGUUGCUGGAGUGCUGCUUGCGUUCAUUUACACCAUACUGUUGCUAGGAUUCAGGCAACGCACACUGUGA